GGGGUUACCGGUCGGCGCGGUCGGGCUCGCGCCUCUGCGCAGCCGCAGGAGGGCGGUACCACGGCGGCUGCGACAUGGGGGGGCGCGGAGCAGACGCCGGAAGUAGCGGUGGUACGGGUCCCACCGAGGGGUACUCACCGCCGGCAGCAUCCACCAGAGCCGCGGCGAGAGCUAAGGCCCGAGGGGGUGGGCGUGGCGGCCGCCGAAACACAACACCCUCAGUUCCCUCUUCUGGUGGCGCGGCGCCGCGUCGCUCGCCUCCACCGGCUGCCAUGAGCGAGCGUCUCCGCCCCAGGAAAAGGAGAAGGAAUGGCAGUGAGGAAGACCACCACCUCCCCCCGCAGACCAAAAGGAGUAGUAGAAACGCUGUCUUUCACGAUUCCUGGGACACAGAGACUGUACCUGUAACGAGAAACAGUAAAGAAAACAGACUAAGUGGAAACAAAGUGCUGUGCACGUCUUCCAGCAGCGACAGCGGCGGGAGCAGCAGCAGCAGCAUCAACAGCCCGGACCGGGCCAGUGGGCCAGAAAGCAGCUUCAACCACCUGGCCAGCGGGUCGAGCCCCCACACCCCGCAGCCCGUGCCCGAGCCGUCCGCGCUGUGCCAAGGCCCGUACUUCCACAUCAACCAGACCCUGAAGGAGGCCCACUUCCACAGCCUGCAGCACCGAGGCCGGCCGCCCACAUGACGGGCCGGCUGUUUCUUGCCUUCUGUGAAGGGACAGUGCUGUGCAGAUUUGAUAUUUCAACUUAUGAUGUUUUUAAAAAUUGCACAAAAAAUGCCUGUUGGCUUUUCAGUCUAUAUUUGAAAUAACAGGUUAACAGGCCGUUGUUUACUUGUGGUUUUGCUGCACUAUUGCGAUUUCAAAGGGGCUUCGAAGCAGUUUUUUAUAGGAUUCUUUUGAGGGUGGGUAUCAAAUCCAUGUCAAGGUAACAGUAGGAGGAAAUCUCAUCUGUGUGUUGAAUCCAUAGUUUGUCCAAUUCAGACUGAUUUCCAAAUCUGUCAAUUAGAAAUUCUACUAUGUGUAAAAAGGCCUUUUAACAAUGCGGGAUCUUCAAUUUUUUUAAAUUCAAUAAACCAGUGAAGAGUAUCUAGUUUCCAUGGAAAGAAAACCUAAGUUUUUUCCAAAAUAGAGAAAGCUUGAUUCAGUCUUGCACUGAAAUUAAUUGCCAUACUACCUCUUAGUAUGAAGAUGUCCUGUUGAAAGUACUCUGUCCUCUGGGACAGAAGAACCAGAUCCCAGUUAGACUGUGCAACUAAGCUCCCUCCCGGGAAACUCUUCUCUCUUCGUUAUAUAUUUGUAUUCCCAGAGAGAAGGUCUUUCAGACUCUUGGAUUCCCAGAUAACUUGCUACCGUUAUUCCUCCAGAGCCUACAUCUCAGACUUAGAAAACAGUUUAGUUCCGACAGUCAAGAAAUACACAAGGACUUUUCGUCUUACAGCCUUUUGCAGCAGCAGCUCCCGUGAUCUCAAUGCUAACUCCACCUCGUAGGGUCGAGAAUUAAGGCGCCGGCGAAGGCCGACAGUGUACGCUAUCUGUGCUGUGAAGCUACUGGCCAAGGAUCCACGUCAUGCUUAAAGUAACCCCCAGCAGUGGCUGGGGCCACAUUCCACUGCUGCAACUGGAAAGACUGGUGUGGCUUAGCAACAAAGGAGCAGAGGCACCUCUAGAAGAAAUAACGUGUAGUAUUUAUUUAGAGAUGGGUUGUCCCAUGUCACUUGGUCAUGCUAGAGAGCCACCCCAGCUUGAAUAACGAAGGCGUAGAUGAGUCUUCUUCCUCAGUGACCAGCUGUCUGAACAAGGAGCCAGGAUGCCUCGGGUCAUCUGCUCUGGGGAGUGCCGGGGGGACAACCUGCCAUUGUACGGAGAGGAAAGUGCCUUAGAGUCCACGCGGUCCCCCACCUGCUCACCCUCCACGCCGCCCGCAGUCCGCACAGCACACAGGCAGAGCUAGAAGCGCCCAGAGCUCUGGUCAGGGGACUUGGCUCUUUGUCAAGAUGUGAGGAGGACAUGGGACAGAAGGAGAUUUUAUUAUGUGACGGAACUGCAAUUUGAGGACGUGGACUACGGGAAGAGGGUAAGCACUUUACUUCCCUUCCUGGGUCUGCUCCUCUGCCGUGGGAGAGCCGAAAGCUCGGUUUCUACGGGCAGACAUGGAGACUGGUGGGCAAGCUUACAGCACGGGCCCAUGCUUCUCGAGCGGGUGGUUUGUGUAGGAACUCCUUUUUUUUUAUUACCAUCUCCCAAGUUUUAGAACCAGACAUUUGAUGAGGAUUUUGGAUCUUAAUGGGUUUGAUGGCAGGGAAUACGGAAAGGGUACAUUGCUAGUAUUUUAUCUAACAAGAAAGCAAACCAACAAUGACUAAAUGCUGUAAGAAGACCAGCUGUUGAGCUCUCAAACACACAUGAACACAAUUCGGAAAUACCCAGGAGGACUCUCGCAGGCUUAAUGGAUGGCAGCCCACUGAAACAAGACGUGUGUUAACAAGAACAUGUGAAAUUCGAGAAAGCAAAUUUCCUUUUAUUUCCCACCCAACUAAAAGACAUGAAAGACGAAACCAUCACUGAAGGAAAACAGUUUUUUUCCCAAAUAAGUACAAUCAUAGUGCUGGGUUAGCAGUUAACUCUUUUGCCCUGUUAAACACAAGAAAUAACCUCCAUCCUGUCCUGCAUAUUUUCUAGAGCUUUGGCAGCCUGAGAUACCUUUCUGUUACGAGGCUACUCGACAGUGUAAAUGGGCAUCGUUUACAAGUUCCAUGAGCUCGAGCUAGUGACGCCGUGUACUACUUCUAUAUUAUGCCGCCAUUAAAACAGCAUUAGUGCA